AGAAACAAGUGGAACGUUGGACGGAGAGGACGUGUGUUCGUGUUUAAAAAGUUUUGAAGUUUGCGCAGUGAAUUUAGUGUUACCGAAGCAUUCAUUGGAAACACAUGGUUCGGCAUUCCGGCCACGGCAUGGAGCCUACUUUUUAUGAGGAACAGUAUCCCUUGAGCGGACCUGUGGAAAGUUUGAAGAGGUCUCUCACCCUGGACUUGGAUAUAGGACGGGGAGGGAAGAGGUCGAGGGUGGCCGCUCCCGUGCUCUCGUCACCGGAUCUCCAUAUGCUGAAGUUGGGGUCACCCGAGUUGGAAAAGCUGAUUAUACAGAACGGGAUGAUCACAUCGGCGACUCCGACUCCUGGUGCUGCUCUGUUUCCGGCUGCGGCUCCAACUGAGGAACAGGAGUUGUAUGCUCGACCGUUCGUCGAGGCGUUGGACAAGUUGCAUCACGGCGAACCCGCGCCUAUGGGCCGACGUGUGUACGCGGAUCUCGACCGACCACUGGAGCGCUAUCCAACGCCGGUAGUGAAGGACGAGCCGCAGACCGUGCCGAGCGCUGCCAGCUCGCCGCCGUUAUCACCUAUUGAUAUGGAUACACAAGAGAGAAUCAAACUGGAACGUAAACGGCAAAGGAAUCGAGUGGCAGCCUCUAAAUGUAGACGGCGGAAGCUCGAGCGUAUAUCCAAAUUGGAGGAAAAAGUGAAGGUGCUAAAAGGCGAGAACGCGGAGCUGGCCCAGAUGAUCGUGAAGCUGAAGGACCACGUGCAUCGACUGAAGCAGCAAGUGCUGGAGCACGCCAACGGCGGCUGCCACAUCGAGACGCAUUUCUGAUCGCGCCGCCCUCGCCGCUCCUACACAUUCCAAACUAGUCGCGCCCAUUAGGACGCAGCAUACAAAGCGAUUUGUGAUCUUAAUUUUAUUGUGUAAUAUAUAGUUUAAUGAACACUUAGUGUAAGGUGUUAAAGUCGCUACAUUGAGAAUGCUGUGGAUUUAUCGUUAAGUUUUGAGAGAUUAGGAUGCCAGUGAUGUGUUAUGGCAGAACCCCCGCUCGGAAUAAUGCAAGUAAACGUCCGUAUGUUUGUUGGAGGUGAAUAAUGUACUUAGCACGAGUCACAACUACGUAAGCUUUAGCUUCCAUUGUAAGUUGCAGAAUUGUUUUCUAUGUAUCAGUAUUCUGUUGUCUCAUUAUUAGUGUAGUGU